AUGGAUCAUGCAUGGCUAGACUCUUUGUCCGAAGAUUGGGUCUCUCAGCCGCGCUCUUCUGGAUCUCCUGCGCCCUCGCUACCGUCACUCUCGAAAAGCACCUCCGACUCCUCCCAAAAAACGCGGGCCGCGUCGAGUCGCAUACCGAAAUACAACGUACGGCGGCAAACAUGGACCGCCCCUCAGAACUGUGAAGAAAGCCCGCUGAACGAGCGGAGCACGAACGAAACGAACAUCCCCUUAUCGCAGCGCGUGCAAGGUCGGCAGUCAAAACUUCGUGAGAUCAGCAACGGCACCCGUGGACGACGUUUGUCACGGACAUUCUCGGCAUCUACGACCCAAUCAGUGCAGUACCAUACCGUUGAGCAUAAAUCUGCCAGUCUGUCUCCGAAAAAGGGAAUACACGAAACCCCGGAGUGGAAACGACGCCUCCUUCAUGGAGACGUUGCGUACGGAGAGCAGUGCGACCUCUUCAGUCCCGCUGGCCUUGAAAACAUGUUCCGGCCUCCCCCCACUCAAUCGAUGUCACCGAGCAAAUUGGGAGCGGCGCAAACACCUGAGGACGGUAGCAUAGCCAUGCCAUCGAGCCCUCCCCCGUACCACAAGGACCGUGGGCAGGAGAGCGGCCAAUUUAUGGACGAGGAACCACAAGGCACUCAAGAUCGGCAGCAGCCACGAGGCAUGAAUUAUAGGCUUGCAAAUCAAGGCGGAAGCGAAUUUUCGGUGAAUGACUUGAGCCAGAGUAGCAUGUUUCAGCCCUCCAAGAUAUCUUUCCGGCAAAGUCAGGAUGUAAACAUGCGCUCUGAUUCCAUAUCUGAGCCGGAGUCAUCAGCCUUGCGCCUCCAGGACCCAGGUCGAACUGUCAGUGGACAGAUCGAUAUGCGUAAUGAGGAAUUCAGCCCUGUUUACGUUGCACGUCACAAUACCGCGGACGGAAAAAUAGACUAUGCGGCAUUGAACCUUCCUCUGGACGAAUUGGAGAGAAAACUUGCCAGUAUUCGUGGGAGUACCCCUGGCCAUUCGGAUCAGGAUGUAGAUGAUAUUUCGGGAGCAGCUCCGUUAGACACGACUGUUGGCACGGACGACUUUGCUCACAAUGGUCGAUUUGUCAACCUGAGGAGGGGUGGUCAAUCUCAGGAGGGCUCAUUUCAAAAACGCAUGUUAAGCCCGUCCUCUCUUUCGGCUGUCGACGAAUCAGUGAUGAUGCCGGAAUCUUCAAUGCAGGCUAUCACACCAAAAAAGCUCCCUAACAUUCGGAAAACGCGGAUUUCCAACGAGCAUCAAGCCGCCGAGCCAGAUCAAAUACCAGCUACAGAGCUGCGAACACCUCAACAGAGCCCGACGAAAAGUAAAAGCAAUUCAGGCAGCCCACUGAAGAUUUUCGGUACAUAUGAUACUUUCACCAAUCAGAAGUUGCUGAGAAGGCUUAGUCAAUUCGAGGGCGAUAUUGAUCAUAGUGGCGAUGACUUGCCUGAACAGACUCAAGAACCAAACCGUCCUGGGACGAACGACGCUUUUGAGCCGAUGACGGAUAAACAUUCAAAUCACAGUCUUCCAAAACGAAAAUCAAAACGAAAGAUGAGCAGUUUUGGGGCAGGUGAAUUAGACAGCUUCCAGUUUAGCGAAGGAUUAUCUUUCAAUUCAGCUGAAUUCAAAGACGGAGAACAGGAAAACGUCGCCUUACCAGUUCUCAACCGUCAUACCCAGACCUCAUUCAAAUUUCAACUCGAGCCUUCGCCGGAUCUAAGUGAAGAUGCAACUGUCCAUCAUCGAGCCAAGUACACGACCAUCACCAGUUCGACGCGACAAACUGCAAGCAUUAGAAAUAGUGUUCGACCAGAAAGCAGCAGCUCUCAGAGUCCAAACAGUAGUCCAGAUGAACCAGAAGAUCUCAAGACACCGAGGAAGCGGAACGGCGACUCGGAAGGUAAGCGACUUCCUAAAACACCUUUGAAGGACCCAACUCCAAAACGUCGGAGGACUUUGAACAGGGUCGAUAGUGUCGAUAGUGUCGAUAGUGUGCACGCCGACGAAAAAGAGAUUUUGAGUGAUCUAGAUUCCCUGAGGGAAACUCACCAACAAAUGCAAUCUGUGGUAGGGAAGAAACGAAAAGAUGCAAAGCACGGUGACGAUCAGCAAGCAGCGAAUCCGACAGUGCUUGCUAUGCGUCAAAUUCUUAGGCCGCGAACACCAACGCCGAGUCAACGUAGUAGUCUACAGCAUGAACGUGCACCGUCUUUAGAAGCGAAGUUGACCAAUUCUGAGCAAGCGAGACUGCUGCAGGAGCAGAAGAUAGCCAAGAUACAAGCAGAACUUGAUGCUACCGGACCGUUCAAAAAUUCUGCAACUCUUGGAGUCGGCAAAAACAUGCUUGAUGACAGUCGUAAGGGUUCUAUUACUACCCAAGACUUCCUGGAUGAAGCAAAGAUGAUUAUGGCAGGCAUUCGUGACAAGACAAGACCAAGAAGCGGUUUGGCCAGCGUGGAAGAGUCGGAAUCAGAAAACGAUCGCGCCAAAUCCACCGAGAGCGGUCCCCAGCUUAGUGGUGGGCUGGAGGAGCUUGAUGAUUCAUAUCAAGAGUCCACCGUGGAACCAUUUUCCAGACCACCAAGUCGAGACGGAAAGCCUGUGUCACGACUGCCCCAUAAGCAGGAGGACCCUGCCUUGCUAGACCACUUGCGAAAGUAUCAGGAGAAGAGUGACAUUGAUGGUGUCAUUGCAUCUUCGAUGAGAUCUAUUGCAAUGGCCAAAGAGGCCGCUGAUGAGGCAAAAGAUCUUGAUCGUAGAACGGAUGAGACUAUCCAUAGGCUAUCCAUGCAGUCGUUGAAUCCAGGCACUACGGAGAGUGACCCGCCAAAUAUUCGAAUAUCAGAAAAUCCAGAUUUAUAUCGGAAGCGCAAGCAUUCAACUUCAACGAUACACACUGGUGACGGGGAUCGAAACGAUGUUGAAUUUCCUUCCCAUGGUUCCUCGGCCUCUUCAGGUCAAUCGACAGCGCGGUCUAUUCCUACGGGCUCCUCGAGAGGAUCAGACUCACGUCGUGUCAUCGCUCCCCACACCGUCUCUCACCUGAUACCAGAACAACUAGCCGGAAUGGUGUUUGAUCAUGAGAGCAAGAAGUGGAUCAAGAGCAAGAGUGCCAGCGCUGAGAAUGGUGCUAAGAAUUUUAUUCCAUCCGACGAGACGGAUGACGACCCGUUUGGUGACAUACCUGAUCUUUCUGUCGAUGAGACGCAAGAGCUGCAAAGAAUCAAAGCGGUAGCAGCCAAGCUCAAACAAGAAGAGAGGUUAGCCCAGGAAACCCGAGAAGAUGGGCAAUUCAGUGGGGUGAAACUCUAUACACAACCACAAUUCAUUCCUCCUAGGCAGCUAUCGCAGAUUCAGGAGCAGAAACGAUCACCGGAGCCAGUCAAGGUCGCUCAAUCUGUACCAGAACUCGGCCUCCCUGAAAGCAUUACCAAGUCAGCCGUGAGAAAACAUGAUCCCAUCGAAUAUGAGAGUAUCAGACACAGCCGAAAAACCGAGUACUCCGAGAAGCAAGAGAUUGUAGAGGAGGUCGAAAGGGAAAUUUCGAUAUAUGAGGAUCGGGUCGAUCCAGACAGCCCACGGAGACGCAACGUUACUAUCUCUUUCUCAUCGCCCCUUGCAUCGGUCAUUCAAGCUCCUGGAUACGACGUCGACAGUAGCUUUGAACAGGAUGUCGAAGCUGCCGGUCACUCUGCACAAGAUGUUGACAAUAGUGUUGGUGAAGACAGCAUCAUUGUCGCGAAAAAUGACCCCGAGCCUAGCCAGAGAAAUAUUUCAACCAAGAUCCGCAGUGCUAUAAGAAGUACCUCUCGCCGCAUGUCCGUGGGCGGUCACAAGUUCCAAGCUCGGCCUGUUUCACGAAUUGACGAGCAAGAUGAAGAUUCGAUCAUAGAAAAUGCCAAAGACCGCCAACGGAGAAGUAUCAGCAUCGUUGUGUCGACACCCGUCGCUCCAAGACAGUCUUCGAAUGCCACUCUUGUAACACCCCGCCCAAGUCAUGAAAUUGGAACUCUUACUCUAACGCCUCUCUCUGAUUUCACUGUGCACCAAGCUGAUCAGUCUCUCGGGCUUGAUGUCAGUUAUGUCGCGCAAAGAAGUCGAUUCGCUCUUGGCAACGAUGCGAAGAAAACACUCUCCCUGUCGAUAAAGGGGCUGGUUGAGAAACUCACUGAGGUGGAACCUUAUGAACCAUUCUGGGAGCACAUGAAGGAACUCACUCUCAAGGACAAAAGGCUCACGAACAUCCAUAAGCUCGAUGAAUUCUGUGAGGAGCUAGAAGAACUCGACGUCUCACACAACCAGAUUGAACAGCUAGAUGGAGUACCGAAGACAGUUCGACACCUUCGUAUCGCGCAUAAUUGUCUCACCGAUCUUGUCACAUGGAAGCAUCUUCAUAACCUACAAUACAUCGACGUCUCGAACAACGGGUUGGAGUCAUUAUCAGCAUUCAAGUCACUCGUUCAUUUGAGAAGUUUGAGAGCAGACAAUAACAAAAUCUCUGGCUUGGAUGGAGUAAGUCAACUUGAUGGACUUCUUAGCCUUCGGUUGCGAGGAAAUUCCGUUCGUUCUCUCGACUUGGGGGGCACCAAUUUACAACGACUCACUGAUCUCGACCUGAAAGACAAUCAAGUUUGCACCCUUCGUGGUCUCCAGGAGUUACGGUCCCUAGUGACUCUCAAUUUGGAGGACAAUUCUCUAUGCGACAUUUCGAUGGACGCCGCGCAGACCAUGUCAACUUUGAAAUACUUGAAGUUGAGUGGGAACAACCUCGAAGCGAUCGAUGUGAGCCUAUUCCCAAAUCUCCGCCUUCUGUAUCUUGAUAGAAACCGCCUCGGAACGGUGUCGGGUCUUCUGAGGACAAAGUACCUCGAUAGUUUGUCAAUGCGAGAACAGCAGGAAGGUGCUGUUAUUAACCCAUCCUUCAUCUCCGAAGCCUUCGAAAUCCGCAAGCUCUUCCUGUCUGGCAAUUAUCUCGGCUCCUUCGAACCUCAAGCUGAUUUCCUCAACCUGCAAUACUUGGAGCUCGCAAAUUGUGGCUUGGAAACUCUUCCGGUAGAUUUCGGACAGGUGUUCACAAACGUUAGAGUCUUGAAUUUGAACUUCAACGCUUUGAAGGAUAUCAAGCCAUUGAUCGGGAUUCAGCGUCUGAAAAAGCUACUUCUGGCGGGCAACAGGCUGGUGAGACUACGAUCAACGGCAUGCGUGCUGGCACAAUUUCCAGGCAUCACAACAGCCGAUUUGAGGAACAAUUCACUAACGCAAGGAUUUUACCCCCCGAUCAUAGAAUCUCGGAUGGUCGGACUUCAUAAUGACGAGGAGAAGGCGGCUGUCGAGCCUUUCACUCUUGGCAAAGCGGACAGAGAGAAAGAUGUCAGAUAUGUUGCAUGCUUAGACAUGGAUACGAGGAUGUUGCGACGGACAUUCGAGGUUAUGGUGUUGAGCAGCUGUUUGCGGAUGAGGGUUCUCGAUGGAUUGGAUGUCGAGCGGGCCUUGCUGACACGCAAAGAUAUGGUUUUUGAUGCAUUGGUGGAAGUUGGUAUUUUCGAGUAUGAUCCCAAUCAGUCGCAUUCGGAGGAGCAAGUGGAGGAAGCUUCGGAGGACACAGUAACUCCCGAGCCUAAAACUGAACCGAUCCCUCCCUCUCCGGUAUGGCAAGCGGAAGACAGUUUUGCCUAG